AUGGCUUCCAGACGAAAACGUACAGAGGGUAUUCAUUUUGUGAACGCCAGGCCCGCCGACGAAGAUGAGAAGUUGAAGGGUCAGCGUCUGGUGCGCGCCCAUGUGGGGAAAUGGAUCUCCGACCAGACAAAGGACCGGGAACCCCGUCCCAACACCCAGAGGGGGUUUGCGCUCGUCGCUCGCGCGAGGGCAAUCCCUCGACCCGGUUUAAGAGCUUCCCUCCGCAACUUGCCUUUCCCGCAUCAGAACAGCGAUAGCGACAGCAGCAGCGAUGAUGGAUGCGACGAGGCCCGACUGAUCGAUCGCUGGUAUAAGCUCCCCGCGCUGGAACGGCUGGAGCGCAAUAUCUCGGGAAUGAUGGACCCCUUCGAUACAUAUCCGGCCUCCCGAGCUUUCGACCCAGAGAUGAUUGACAUGUCGGAGCGGUAUAUCACCGGCGUGGUUUGGCCCGGUCUCACGCCCCGCCCCGGUGGCGUCAAAACGCCCGGCAAGUCGUGGUUCGAGCUGUCCAUGGCCAACGCGGAGCUGUUUACGGCCUUCAUGUUCGGCUCGUUAUGUCACCUCCGCGUGCAAUGGCAGAACAAUUGGAUCCCCGGAACGACAUUUGGCGCGAAACAGCAGCGUGCGCUGCAACUGUGUGAGAUGGAGUCGAUCAAGUUGAUUAAUCAGGCUGUGCGGAAUCCGAAUCCUAAAAAGGCCGUCAGCGACGCUGUCUUGUUAAGCGUUAUCUGUAUGGCGCAUCAUCAGGCAGAGGAGAAGCUGGUCCAACAGCAUCGGAGGACACCCUUUAACCCGCCAUUCCCGCGGUUACAAUGGAUCGAUGUCUACGGAUGUCUGCCACCAAAUAUGGUCCAUAUAAAAGGACUGGUUCAGUUAGUCAAGCUUCGAGGUGGCCUCUCAAGUAUACCAACCGAGGGUCUCGCUGCAACAGUCUCAUUCUCGGAUAUUCUCACAUGCAGCGUGCUCUGCGUCCACCCAGCAUUUGAAUUCUGGCCCCUCGCCGAAUCCCGCAUGGGAAUGUCUGUACAAGAGAUGCUCUGCUUCGGCCCCGCCGAUAUCGCCAGCGGCUUCGGGCAUCUGCAGGACAUCGGCGCAACGAGCGAAAUGGCCGAAGCCUUCCAGGCAGCUCAUACCUAUGUUAAAAUUAUAAAAACAAACCCCACCUCCGUCCGCGACCGCAACCUCACACAACAUACUCUCCUCUCCGUGGCCCCAGCGUCUGACCUCCACGCCUUCUUCUCUCUCACCCACGCAUCAACAUAUGAAGCCUGCCGUCUAGCAGCCCAGAUCUUCGGUGUCGGCGUCCUCUUCCCUAUCCCCGCACAAAACACACCCCUCCACCACCUCGCUCGUCUUAUCCAAACCCUCCUCCACCAACCCACUGCCUCGGAACUGUGGACUUCGCUCACGACCCGCCUUCCCUUAGUGUGGAUCUUGACGUUAGGUGGUAUCGCCGCGAGCGAUGCCCCAGAGCGCGUCUGGUAUACCACCGCCUUACGCGACAUUCUGUACAGAACGAACAUCAGGAGCUGGCCAAAGUUGAAGGCUGUUCUCGAGUCCAUGCUUUGGUACGAUGCUGCUUGUGAUGCCGCUGGCGAGGCGCUCUGGUUCGAGUGUCAGCCAGUAGUUGGUUUCCUUGCGUGA